CAAGACCAUGAUCCAGUCUCUCCAGUUUACGCUGAAUGAUAAAAUUUCCUGCUCUGCAAGGGGUACAUAUACCACAGGAUUCCUGCUUAAAAAACUCUGCAUAAUUAAUCAGUAUCUUUACAAGGUCUCUCUGACUAUUGAAUAUCAUAAAAGAACCACCCCUCGGAAGUUGGUAUGUACCUGUAAUAUCAACGGGAAAUAUGGUCCUGCCUGCACUGAAAAAGUGUCAGAGGGUCUUGUAGUGGAAGUCAAUAAAGAAGAGCUCAUCGAUACCAGAAAGGCACUCGUGGAAAUGAUGUUUGCAGAGGGUAAUCACAUCUGCCCUGCCUGUGAAAAAAGUGGUCAAUGCGAUCUCCAGCACAUGGGAUAUGAACUGGGAAUUUCUUCUACAAGGUUUCCGCACUUGUUUAAAGAUCGUGUCAUAGAUUACAAUCCCAGCCGUAUCGUAAUGGAACACAACAGAUGUAUCAAGUGUCUGAGGUGUGUCGUCGAGGUCCUGACCGAUGAUGGAAAGCUCGUCUUCAAUUAUGUCAAUCGGGGCAACGAAACAUAUGUAGGUGUAGAUUACGAACAGGAGGCUAAGCUCACUGAUGAACAAAUACAUCAUGCCAUGAAGAUUUGCCCGACAGGAUCUAUCAUCGUAAGAGGCGAAAGUUUUUCAGCGCCUUUCGGCGAAAGAAAAUACGACAUGGAGUCUGUCCAGUUACAUCGAAAACCAGAAAAAAAAUCCGAUGAUGUAAGACCUUUGGCCAAUGAGAAAAAAAUUGUAGCCACUGUCUCUCUCGCAGGAUGUUUUGGUUGUCAUAUGUCAUUACUUGAUAUUGAUACUGAAUUGCUUGAUGUGAUAGAAUUGGUGUCUUUUGAUAAAUCGCCUCUGACAGACAUUAAAAAAUUUACCAACCGCUGCCAUAUUGGCCUAAUAGAAGGAGGAUGCUGUAAUUCAGAAAAUAUUGAAACAUUGCGACUCUUUCGCGAGCAUUGUGAUAUCCUUGUAGCGAUGGGCGAAUGUGCCGUUUGGGGUGGAUUGCCUGCGAUGCGUAACUCAAUACCGCUCAGUGAGUGUCUGGAAGAAGCAUAUCUCAACUGUGUCACCAAUGAAACUAAUUCCAAUAUUGUACCAUAUCACGAAGAUCUUCCAAAAAUCCUCGAUAAAGUGUAUGGUUGCAAUGAAAUAGUUAAGAUUGAUUACUUUAUACCCGGCUGUCCUCCUGAUGCAAGCCAUAUAUGGAAGGUAGUUAAAAAUCUCUUGUGGGGUGAAGAUUUCUCCAUCCUCUAUUCUGAAUUUAAAUAUGAU